GCGAUACUCGUAAUAUAAAAUUAUUCAAAAUUUCUUAGAAGUUUCGCUUAUGUAUAUCAUGUGCCACAAACGUUAAACUGACUUUAGAGUUUGAGUGUCGAAUCUUUUUUAUCUUCUCCUCGCAUUGUCAAUCAGCGAAUACUAGAGUACAUAAAUAUUCUUCAAUUUUCUCUAAAAGAGCACAUAAAGUUGGUGUACUGUAAUCAAACGGUUAAAAGUCUGUGAAAAAUAAUUGAUUAAUUUAAAUUAAAAAGAAUUAUUAAAUGUGCAAUGUAUAAUGCAUCGUUUUUUUGUCCUGUGGCGUUUUUUCUUUAAACGCAUAUAAAUAUUUUUCUGCUCGUUUAUUGCUGCACCCACAACUUGCAGUAUUAAAUUGCAUGUAUCCUUAAAUUGGCUACGGUUAACAGAUCGAUUGGGGUUAGGCGAAUAUAUGCAAUAAUGAAUGGUUUUGUGACUUACAAAAAGGAAUAUUCAUGAAUCAAAAUUGAUAUAUGUGUUUACAAUAUUAAAAUAUGCAACUUAUUCAACUUGAAUUUUAGUUGUACUCAAAUUUAAGGUGAGCCAAUAAUACAAUAUCCAGUAUAAUAUCUACAUGCGCACAAGCAAAUAUGUCGCGCUUUAAAUUGCGAAGUAACACUGAGGGUUUCCAAUUUUUUGAAGAAAAUGUAAGCAAAAGUGCUUCAACUAAUAAAUCUUCGAAAGGAUGUUUUAAAAAAAUGUAUCAGAAGAAUAACAAGCUUACAUUUGAUAAAGGGGAGAAUUCAAAGGAGUUGGUAUCAAAAAAUUUCGGAAUUAAUUCUAUUGUGUGCAAAGUUCCAUUGUGUCGAAUAUCUAGCGUUAUAGAAAGACUAAAAUUAUCGAGAUCUUUCACAUCCAUAUCUAAAAAUAAUGAUUGUCAAUAUAUUCAAGCAAAAAUUGAUAAUACAUAUAAAUCAAAUAGCAACAAAAAGGUACAUGAAAGAGCUAAUAGAAAUUUAUGUUUAUAUUGCAAUAAGAAGUUUACGUCAUAUAAAAUGCAAUUAAAACACGUAGAAAAAAUUCAUAUACAACAGAAAGACAGAAGAAGUAGUUGUAGAAAUUCUCAGUUACCUUUCGUUUCGAAAAAAGUUAAUGUAAAUACUCCUAUUUUGCAACAAUCAAUUGAGAAUUUUCCUGGAUGCUUAUUUUGUAAAAGUGGUAAAAGUCAUAAAAUAACUACUCAAACUAAUGAUCUUAAUGAACUUUUCAAACACCUAACGGAAUGUCAUGCUGAUAAAUAUUUUGGAUGUAAAAUUUGUAUUAUACGUUUUCCAAAUGGAGGAAAAUUGUCAAAACAUAUGCAACUUAUGCAUGAUAAACUGUCAAAAUGUAAUGAUACCAAGUCAUUAUCAGAUAAUUUGACAGUUGAUGAAAUAACAAAAUUAAAGAAAACUCGUCAUAAAAAAUUACAAAACGUUCUAAGCACUGAUUCUUCAAAGAAAAAUAUAUCUUCAAAUUCUGCAUCUAUUGAUAACAAUAUUCAUUUCGACGCCGAAGAACCAAUUCUUUCCAGAUUGGGUUUAACUCAAAACAGGUUACCUAACAAUAGAAAAGGUGGUCGAUUAAGGCGGGAAAACAAUUUAGCGAACCUACUCUUAAAAUCAGAUCAAUCGACUCUUUUAUCAUCAUCAUCUGAAAGGAUGAAAGGAAGAAGUAAACUUGUAAAAAAUUCAUCAAUUAACGACGAUGAUGUUGUGUUCCGUGUUCCUACUAAAACAGAUCUAUCCUCGUGCAUUUUUGAUGAUGAUUUUUAUAAAGAAAUAGUAACAAAUGUUCGAAAUAAUUUACUAUACUAUAUAGAUGGUAAAAUAAAAGAUACUAACAAUGUUGUACCAGAAACUGCUGUUGUUAAAGAUACAUUUUCGCACAUAUGUACCACAAUUGUUAAAAGCCCAAUUGUUACUAAUUCUUCUGCAGAUAUAGAAAUUCAUGCAGCAACUAGUCUUUCAGCUACUACUGCUUUUCCUACCUUACUUACGACGGAACAAUAUGGUUCAGAUGUAACAUCCAAAUUUCGAAGACCUCAUACAAAAAAUUCAUGGAAAUGGAAAUGGGAUAGUGUGAAAAAAUUUAAAUUUAUUAAUGAAGGAGGUAAAAUAAUAAAAAAAAUGAAACAACCAAUGCACGGAUUGCGAGAUCUUUCAAAGUUAGAUAUGUGGACUCAACUAACAAUGCGUCAGAAGUUUGAACAAAACACAAUUUCUAAUAAUGUAGAUAAUUCAUCUUUAAUUGAUUCUCAUCGAGUAGAAAAACAACGACUAAACAACCACCUUAAUAAUAUUCUAGAUACGCGGUUAUUCCCUAAUAUUACACUUGAACAAAAUGAACAAGCUAUUGUAAAAAUAGAACAUUUAUCUGAUACCGAUUCACGAUUUGGUACUGAUGGAAAUCGUGAUAAUUUAUUAGAUGAAUCUUUUACAGAUCAUGAUUUUCUUACUAUGUUGCAAUUAACACCCCGUAAAAAAGAUUUUAUUAGUCAACCACAACUUUUACUGAGCGGUGAAUGUGUAAGACCACGUUGUUAUUUAUGUAUGUGCUGUGGAGCUAAAUUCGAGAAACUUAAAUCAUUAGAGGAACAUAAACUCUAUAGACACGCUCUUAUAUUUGCAACACAUUACGAGGUUGUCGGUAGAGAUUUAGUACAAGAUAAUCUAUUACGCCAUUUAUUUAUACCAAAACAAGCACUAAGUUAUUAUGCUACCGAUAAUAAUUAUUCAAUAAAUUUAAGUCGUCUUAAUAUUUCUUGGGCAAAAAAUGAUCUAGCAAUGCGAAUAAAUACAGAAGAAGAAUCGUCAGAUAGCAGGCAAUCAAAUCCAAAUAAUUGUAUACAUACAAGUACUGAGAAAAAUGUAUGUGAAGAUUGUGAUACUGAUACCAAAACUGCACUUGAUAUUAGCCAUGGCUCACCAUCUCAGAGUAUACAUUCAUCUAAUUCAUCUUAUACCACUCCAAUUAUUAAAACAAGUGACGAAUCUAAAAAUUCACUUGCUACAAUAACUACCUGUACUAAAUGCAAACGCAAAUGUAAGAGAAUAUUAGAUCUCUAUCGCCACAUGCUCGACUGUUCCGGUGAUUAUGUAUGGUCAAUGGUAAAAAAGCGCAAGUACCGCUAUUACUGUGGUUCUAAGAAACGUCGACAAUGCAAUAAGUACAAUCUGUCAAAGUUAAGAAAUAAAAAGCGUAAGAAAUCCAAAAAUUGUCAAACUUUUAAUGACACAGAGGAAAGUGGAUCAAAUUCUUCAAAAAUUAAGACACCACAAAGACAACGUCCAAGUGAUGCUGAAUCUAUAAAAAAAAUGUUGGAAAAUCUACCCCCAAAACGCGUCUGUAAGAAAAUUUUUCCUGCACUGAACAAAACAAUUAAAACGAGAAAGUCCAAACUGAUUUCCAAGCACAAUAUGUAUUCUAAUCAAAUAUUAAGAAAAACUAGAGCUAAGCAAAUAUCACAAGCGACUAAGUUACUUUCAAAGACAAAAAGGCAGUUUCCAAGAAAGAGUACCGAACAGAAAAAGCUUUUACUGAGACUUAAUCAUAAAAGUAAUGUAUCAGAAACAGCAAAAAAUAAAAAAUGUCGUGAAGACAUUCUUCAGUUAAAACCACCUUUUGAUGUUAUCGAAAAAACUACUUUAAUGAAACCGGAAGAUAAGUUUAUAACACCAACUAUAGUUAUUUUAACUGACACUGACAAUGGUGGUUCUUUAAAAGAAAGCACCAAUUCCAUUAAUUCAGAUCUGGGCACCAGUAAAAAUAAUGAUGAUAUUUUAAGUUUUCAGAAGUCCAAGACAAAAGAAUUAUAUGUUGAUGAAGAUAUUUCCCUUAAAAAUGAAAGGGUUAUAAUAUGUCCAGAGAAAAACAUUGAAAUAAACAAUGUCGACCAAACCCCGAGAACCAUUGAAUCUACCGACGUUAUGUUAAAUGUAAAUAAAAAACGAAGUAAAAAGAUAAGUGAUUGUAUUGCUAUGCUUACAGAUAAAUUAGAAGAAAAAUUAAAGACUGAACGGAAUGUGCAAACCAAAAGUGUAAAAACUGACUUAAAUAGUAAAAUGGAGUUACAGAAUAAAUAUAAGUUGCCUAAACGUAAAACAACAUGCAGACGUAUUAUAAAACCUGACGGUUUGGAAAAAGUAUUAAAUAUAGGCAUCCAAGAAGCUAAUACUCUCACUUUAAAUAGUACACACCAUACUAUUCACAAAACUUCUGAACAUUUUCUGCAUGAAAAACCAUUAAGUCAACAACUUCAACCUGUUGUAUAUGACCCAAGUAAAUUAAAUAAGUUUCCAAAUUUAAGUAAUAUUGAAAGUAAAAUAUCGCAAGCACUACCAACUUUACAAUCUCUACCUUUAUUUUUACCUGUGGAACCUGUUCAAUGUAAUGACACAAAAUUAGUAUCUCAAUUGCAAAAUUCUAAUUUCCUACAAAUGACGGCACCUAAUUCUUGCUGUAGUGUAGAACCACUUAAUCUUAGUAGUUCUAAAAAUUUGCAAAAUCUUGAAACUCCCACUUUUUCAAAUACAACUGCGCAUAGAAUAGGUAUACCAGCCAGAAGACAAACAAUUUGUGGAUUCGAAGCAAGAAACUUAAUUUUAAAUGAACUGGAGCCUUUAGAUCUUUCUAUUAAAUCUAAAACAGAGAAGAGAUAUACCAAAAUUACCGAUCUAACAUCGUUAGUAGCAUCACCAGUUUCGAACUUACCAACAAAUGGUUUUUCUACUAGUGCGUUAACUGCGACUAUACCAGUAAAUACAGAAACUUUUUCAAAAAAAUUAUUCUAUUCCAAUUUAGAGUUGUUAAAGAUACCCCAAGUUCGCAAUUUAGUGAAUAAGAUCCCAAUUGAGGUUCAGCAAAAUACAAUUUCCAAGCCAAUAAAUAAAAAGCGUAUAGUGAACAAAAUACCUACUUUUGGUGCAGAAGCUGAAAAUGAUAUAAAUCAUAUAUGUGUUAUCAAUAAGCCCGAACAUGCCAAAGAAAUGUUUUUACAAAAAAAAGAAAACACUAACAAAAAUAAACCUGUACAGAAAAUGGAUGAAAUAGUCAUUAAUCAUAUAGAUGAUGCAAUAAAUUCUGUUAUUAAUGCUGUUAAAGCUAGUUUUCCAGACAAUGAAAAUAAAGUGUGCCCUAUUGGAAAAUCGUCUUCAAAGCAAUCUUCAUUGGAUUUGAAUGCUAGUAAACUUAAAGAAGUAAAAGAAGCAGAACCUGUUUUAUUGCCAUCAAAAAUGCAACUUCCCACAAGACGGAUGCGCUCUAAGACAUUAGAUUGUAGACCUACUGCUACAAUAAUUGGUGACGAAACCAAUUCUAACCAAGAAAAAAAUGAUUUUCAGGUUGCAAAAAAUCUUAUUCAAUGUACGACAAAAAAUUCGGAUAUUAUAUCGGAUGAUAUACCUAUUUCUGCGGAAAAUCAAGAAACUAUAGAGUGCUUAAAACCCAGUACCAACAAAAAGGUGGAUAAAAAAAAUUCAGCAACUGUUAAUUAUUCAGCAGUUGAAGAUGUAAAUGUAAAUUUAUUGGAAAGAGAAAAGUUUUCUAAUGAAAACUUAAACCCGGGUGAAAAUCCUAUUAUAUCGCGUAAUGAUUCCAUUAGUUCAUUAAUUCCUCUUCCGUUUUCUCAUACUGAACUAUCGCAGAAUAAAACACAAGAAACUACUAUAAUUAAGAAUUUAGAAUUAAAAAGUACAUUAGCAAAUUCUGCUUGUGAAGAAAAUAUUAACACUAAUAAUACAUCAUCUGGAUUUCACAGCUGCCAAUCUGAAAUUAUAUUAGAUCCAAAGAAAAAACCAAGACGUCGCCGGAAAAAUGAAUUGGCCGCAAUUGUUGCGGAUCAACUUUUGGAGAGUUUUAAAAUUGAUAAAACUCGUCGUGAUAAUUUAAAAAAAUUAGAACAUCUUGCAUAUGAAAAGAGUGAGGAUUUAUUGCUAACAGGAAUGUUGCUAAUGUCAAGUACAAAACGUAAUGCGGCUAGUGUAUACCACCCCUUGACUUCCGGUAGCAACACAUACAAAGAAAAGUCGAUUGACUUAAUUAAACGUCAAAAGCAGAUCCAGUCAAACAUGUUUAAAACAAAAACUGAUGAAAAGGAAGACAAAAAUAAAUCUAAUUUAUGCGGUCAAAAGUUUGAUGAAAAUAUUGUAGAUAAAAUAACAACAAAUAAAACAACGGACGUUCCGAAAGUUAACAUAUCAACUGACACAGAUAUGGACACUGAUGGUAAAAAGGUUAAAAGAAGACAGUACCGCCGCAAAGCAAAACUAUUAAACCACGCAAAUAUAACAGUCUUAAAAUCUUCACUUGAAUCAUUUUCAAUAGAUAUUGAGCAACAAUUAACAGAUAUAGAGGCAAAGACUGUUAAUUCUAUUAAAACACUGGAUUCAGACAAUAUUAAUUCAUUUGUGAAUACUGGAACAAAGCAUACAUCAAUAUUAAGGCCAAGUAUACUCUCUGCAACAUUUGAGAGAGCUAACGUGCAAAAUAUGGAUAAUAUUAAAAAAAAUGAAAAAUCAUUUAAAAGUGUCAUUUCAAGUAGAGACCCUCGCCUAAAUAAAAAUAUCCAUAAAGACAACAAAGUGAAACCGUCUGAUAUGGUGACAAAAAUUGAUAUUUGCGAAAUAGAGGAUGACAAUUAUCUGACAGAAAUUGCAAAAACUGUUAAUGAAAAAAUGUCAGACGUAAAUCAAGAUUUUUUUUAUGCAAAUGAUGGCUUUGAACUCGCAAAAGAAUUACAAGAUGAUUCUAAUAGUAAAUAUUAUCGUCCGCCAACAUCAAUGAGUGUUCGCAGUGCACCAAAUUUAAAUGAUGAUCGUUCUAACUUUGGCUCCAUAUGUGAUGAAAACACAAACACAGAAGUAAUGGAUAUGGAUUUAGAUGAUGAUUUGAGUGUUUACACAAGCUUUUCACAAGAUAUUGGUCGUGUACGUGGAAGAAAGCGACGACGACGUAGAAGCAUUUUACUCAAACGCAAACCUAAAAAACGAUUGGAGCGGGGUUCAUCUGGUGAAACAUUUAUUUGUGACCUUUGCAAAAAAACAUUUUAUUCAUCUAAUUCCCUUGCUAAACAUAAAACAACUCUUGCACAUGUUUCUAAGGUAUCUGAAUGGGAAUAUGUUUUAUCAAAUAAUAAAGAUCGUCAAAUUUCCGAAGCAUUAAAGCCAACAGAAUUAGAAGGAUUUGCUGAUGAAUUAAAUUCGAAGAAAAGCAAAUGCUCGAGCGACUCGAAUAUUCAAACUACAAUUCCAAAUAAAAACGAAAAAUCUGCAAAAGCCGCUCUCAUGUUAACGGUGAAUAAUGCACCAAUUGUUCGAAAUGACAUGAUAGACUCCAACAAAAUUGAAUGCGACAUAAAUACUAACCAACGGCUAACACUUAACCCUGAUGAACGUUUAUUCUUUGAAUGUUGUAAUAUUUUAAAGGGAGUCGAAACUUCACGAUUAAAUAGUAAUGAUGGCUGUAACAAUAGUUCUAACCAUUCAAAUUUGCAUAAGCAAAAAACUUCGCACUCUAUGCUGAGUACAACUCCAAAAUCAUCUAAUUUGUGCAUACUUCCCAAUUCAAAUAUACAACAAACAUUUUGUAAAGACGAUGCACUAAACAGUUUGCCUAGAGGUUCAAGUCAGAAGCAUAUGUUAAAUAAUAUAGCUAUUGAAAGGAAAAGACUAUCACCAAGUUAUUCAGGUUUAUCCCAAUUCUCUGCUGUAACAAAUAAUGCAUCGCGAUUUAAAACUAAAGCAGCCAUGAAAGGUUACGAAAAUGUGAAUUUUGAUUUAACUGUUCAAGAAAUAGAAAGCAAAUCUCAUACCAUAUGUAAACUUACUGAAUUGGCAGAAAUUGCACUUGGUAGUGAAAAAUCGAAUCCUACUAAAUUCAAUUCUUCUGGAAUUGUAGAUGAGAAUAAAAGUAAUGUUAAGCAUUUAAGCUCUCAUCUAUAUAUAUCAACAUCUUUAGGUGGCAAUCAGAACAAUUCUAAUUUAGUUAACCAAAGCCGUGAUCAUCUAAAAAACACUGAAACUCAAAGUUCAACUUCCUCAAAAACAAUAAUGCAUUCUUCUAUAAUUAAAGCGGUAAUUGAGGAACAAAACAAGCUACCAUCGAGUAAAAUAAUUAUACCAGAUCGACCAUUUAAAAAUAUUGGUUUGGAAGAAAAAGAAUCAAUUACAUUUCAAAAACCAAAAAUAGCACCUAUUCCACUUACUGAUGAUAACAGUGUUACUACUGUUAGUUAUUCAGACAGGGAUGAUUUUGAUUUUGCUUCAAUGAGUUGUGACGACGAUACCAGUACUUUAGUUACUGUAAAUGACAAAAUAAAUAAUAUUAAUCCUACAGAAAGUAGCUCCAGUGGAGCAACUGAAAAUAAAUCUCUGAUAAUGGGUCGAAUAUUUAAAAACGCAAGUACAAAAUCAAUUAGUGUGAACAAAGUUAAGAACACUGUCAUACAAAAGGAACAGUUACAAAAAACUGACCUUAAUCAAAUAUUUGACGAGCUUAGGGGAGAUUAUAAACAAAAGUCGAAAAACUUAGAUAAAUGUGAUCAAAACGUAAUAUGUUCUGCUCCUAAAAAGAAGUCUAAAAAUUUUGAAUUAUAUAAAAAGUCAGAAAAAAUAUUUUGCACAAAAGUUAAAGAAAAACCACUAACAGUGCCAUCUUACCCAAAAUCUUCAAUAAAAAAUGUAAAUAUUACAUCUCGAAAGAAAAAGAACACAAACUGUAAAAGUAAGAAGUAUAUAUCAAAAUUACAAACAGAACUAGGAAUGAGUUCUGAUGAAGUAGAAAAAUUAAUAGAUGAAGGACAAAGAAAAUCAAAACGGCGUUGUGCAACAAAAAGUCAGAAAAAAUUUGUAGAAAUUUGGAGCUCUGACGAAUACGAAGAAUUUUUAUCCACCAAAGAUAUUAUAGCUCUUAUUGAAGAAAAAGAGAAACAGGAACAGCAAAAAAAACGUAAGCACAGCUUGUAUCAGUCAAAUUUAAAUGAAAACAAAGACAAAGAAGUGAAUAUAGCACAUAUUACUGAAAAUAAAAAAAAAAGCAAACGAACUUUAAAUAUAGGUGAAAAAGACGUGGGUAUAAAAACUAUUAAUAAAGUCGAUAAAAGGAGAUAUGAUAAAAGUAUAACUUAUACCCCGAAUAAAUUAAAAAAUCAUUCUGUCACUGAGAUGCCAUUAGCUUAUUCAGAGAAGAAAAGAAAAUCAACGCGAUCAAACACACAUAAAGUAGGAGAUAAUCUAAAUGUAUCUAAAAAUAAUAAUACUGAACAACUAAAUCAAAACAAUGUAGUACUUUCUGGUAUGUUGGAAAAAAAACAUGAAAAGGUAAUGGCAGUAACUAUUCCAUCUUUGAAAACUCCUUUGAAUAAUUUUGAAUCUAAACUAAGUAAAAAUAAACCCAAUACUAAUAAUGUAUCUCACUUUGAAAAAUCUGUUAAUCCUACAGAACCUAAAGCAAUAGCUGUUAUUCCAAAUGAUAAAAAUCAAAUGCUAGUUAAAAAACGGAUAGCUGAAGAACAAUUAAAGAAUGAAGACGAUUUGUAUUUAUCUGAUUUAAAAAAACACAAAAACGUAAAAUCACACAAAAGUAAAUCAGGCAGUAAAAAAAAUUGCAAUAAAAUAAAAUUAAUUAAAGAAGAUAAUGACACGCUUAUAGAUUCGAAAAAAAAACGCAUUAGCGAAAAUACAAAACUUGUCCGCAAAACGAAUGAUGAUCCAAACAAGAAAAAAAAGAGAAAAAACCAGCAGAAUCAGUCUCCAUCCAGACGCAAGCGUGUAGCGACAGAGAAUCUCUACUAUUGGUCAUCAUCCAGUGAUGAAGAUUUUGGGCGUAUAAAUAUAUCGCAGAAUCAUGAACAAGAGCAUGAUAAUGGAGAGCAAUAUCGAAAGCAUGGUUGGAUUGUUGGAGACUCCCAUAAAAAGCUUGUUACAUUGCUUGCCAUUGCUAAAGGCAGCAAAAAAGUUGUAAAUUGCGGUGUAAAAAAGAAAACACCAAAAAAAAAGAAUUAAUCAUAAUUUUAAAAAAUAUUAAAAAAAGUAAAAUGUUAUAUAUAGACUCUAAUAAGCAAAUUAAAUAUUGUAUGUAAUUGCAUGUAUGUAUAUAAGGAGUGGUUGUAAUAUGUAUGCUAAUUUAUCUAAGUUUUUUAUUAAAAUGUAUUUAAAAAUAAAGCCCAGCUUAUUAUU